AUUACACGACUGAUACGGUGAUAACGUGGUGAACGAAAUUUCAUCAUUUCAUUGUCUUUACUAUUUAUUUGGUGCUACUUUGUGGUGAAAUUUUUUCGUUUACAUGGUGUGACGUGCUAAAUUUUUCUUCAAUAAUCGUUGUAGAAUGGAGUCCAAAACUGAAGAAGUGGCGGAUGCGCUGAACGGUGUCGAUAUUGAUGAAGAUGUUGUGAAUCCAUGGGAAGUAUCGAGCACCUCACCUACCGGAGUGGAUUACGAUAAAUUGAUCAAAAGAUUUGGUUCUUCUAAGAUAGACGAUGAUUUGAUAGCUCGUUUCGAAAAAGUUACCGGUCAUAAGGCACAUCAUUUUCUCCGCAGGAAGAUAUUUUUUUCGCAUCGGGAUUUGUAUCAAAUACUCAAUGCCUACGAACAAGGAAAACCAUUCUACUUAUAUACUGGUAGAGGUCCUUCGUCACAAGCGCUGCACCUUGGUCAUAUGAUACCCUUUAUAUUUACAAAGUGGUUACAAGAUGUAUUCAAUGUGCCCGUGAUAAUUCAAUUGACUGAUGACGAGAAAUUUUACUGGAAAGAUUUCAAAUUAGAAGACACUAAGAAACUAGCCUAUGAAAAUGCUAAAGAUAUCAUUGCUUGCGGAUUUAAUCCCGAAAAAACGUUCAUUUUUACGAAUUUUACGUAUAUGGGACAGUGUGGCGCAUUUUAUGAAAAUAUAUCGAAAAUCAGUAAAUGUGUUACGUUCAAUCAAAUAAAAGGUAUUUUCGGUUUAACGGAUAGUGAUCAUAUUGGAAAAAUAAGCUUUCCUCCGUUUCAAGCUGCUCCGGCGCUGUCUUCAUCGUUUCCUUUCAUAUUCGGGGAAGGAGCCAAAGUUCCUUGUUUGAUACCAUGUGCAAUUGAUCAAGACCCUUAUUUUAGAAUGACGAGAGAUGUUGCCCCUAAGCUUGGUUUUCCGAAACCUGCGCUAAUACAUUCAGUAUUUUUCCCAGCUCUUCAAGGAGCUAUGACUAAAAUGUCCGCGAGUGAUGAUAAUUCUGCUAUAUUUAUGACAGAUACUCCGAAACAAAUUGCUAAUAAAGUCAAUAAAUACGCAUUUUCUGGCGGACAAGCUACGAUAGAAGAGCAUAGAGCGAAAGGUGGAAAUUGUUCCGUAGAUGUAUCCUAUCAGUACCUGAAAUUUUUCUUGGAUGAUGAUGAAAAAUUGGAAGAGAUAGGAAAGAAAUAUUCUAGCGGUGAAAUGUUGACCGGCGAAUUGAAGAAAAUUCUAAUUGGCAUUAUACAGCCCAUCGUUCUCGAGCACCAAACUCUUAGAAAGAACACCAGUGAUGAGAUUUUAAAAACUUUCACAAAUUUGCGCUCGUUGAAAUAGACACCAGACUUAAUUCCUUCACAGUAUGUUUUAGUUGACGUUCGCGGUCUUAUAUAUCAGUUCCCUGUUGUAAUGAUCCUAAUUCUCGUGCAACGACGUUAUUUAUUUUUUCUUCUAAUUUCUAAGCUACACAGUAUUUUCAAUUUUUUUUAUCGUAUGCAAUGCUUUUUUGUGAAAAGUAUUCAACUUCGUUUUAGAUGAAAUUUAUUACCUACUUUUUAAGUUCGAGUUUUGAAAAAAAAUAAUUCACUAAUGAAGUUUUUCAGCAAAAAUGUGCCAAUUUUAUUUUAUUUAUUAUACGGCGGGUUUGCUUGUUGUCAUUUUUUA